CAAUCAGCUGUAAGCAAGUGGGGAGGAAAAGGCGAUCCCCUAUGUGUUGUACAUUAGGUAGUUCAUGUCUUCAAGCGUUUCGUAGCAGUUGUAGCUAUGGCGUGUUUAAGUUCGAGUAGGCUCUGUGCUCGUGUUCAAGAUAAGUUAAUGUGUCAAUUCGGACAUAAAGUUCGAAGACAGACUGUAUUUGUGAAACUCAAACCUCCCGGACCAUCUCCAUUUCGGUUAUUUGGAAAGACUUGUCAGAGAGUGACGACAUGCGGACCACCUUGCGGGUCGGCGGGCGCGGGCGCGAGCGCGGCGGCGGCCGGCGCCGGCGCAGGGCUGGUGCGCCGCCUCGCCUCCAGCCUACAGAGCACCAGCACAGGCUCGCUGCCCGACUACGGCACACAGAUCGUCGACCCAUACCGCCUGCUCGAGGAUGACCUCAACGGCAUAUAUGAAGAUAUUCGACAGGAGUUGGAGCGGAACACGAACCAGGAGGAGCUGAACACCAUAGCCACAUACUACUUCGACGGGCAGGGCAAGGCGCUCAGGCCCAUGAUUUCGAUACUCAUGGCGCGCGCCGUCAACUAUCACGUCUAUGGAGAAAACAGUGCACUGCUGCCGUCGCAGCGGCAAGUGGCGAUGAUCAGCGAGAUGAUCCACUCGGCGUCGCUGAUCCACGAUGACGUCAUCGACCAGAGCGACUUCCGCCGCGGGAAACCCUCCGUUAACGUGCUCUGGAACCACAAGAAGGUGGCGAUGGCCGGCGACUUCAUCCUCGCUGUGGCGUCGAUGAUGAUAGCUCGCUUGCGCAGCGAUGACGUCACACUCGUACUCAGCCAGGUGGUGACAGACCUGGUGCAGGGCGAGUUCAUGCAGCUCGGCAGCAAGGAGACUGAGAACGAGCGGUUCGCGCACUACCUCACCAAGACAUACAGAAAGACCGCCUCGCUCAUGGCCAACGCUGUCAAGGCGGUGGCGCUGCUGAGCGGUGCGGACGAGAGCACGUGCGAGCUGGCGUACCAGUACGGGCGCAACCUGGGCCUCGCCUUCCAGCUGGUGGACGACCUGCUGGACUUCGUGUCCUCAGCGCAGGCCAUGGGCAAGCCCACCGCCACCGACCUCAAGCUCGGGCUCGCCACCGCGCCUGUGCUCUUCGCUUGCGAAAAAUACCCGGAAUUGAAUCCAAUGAUAAUGAGAAGAUUCCAAGAGAGCGGUGACGUGGAGAAGGCGUUCGAGCUGGUGCACAAGUCGCGAGGCUUGGAGCAGACGCGGUUCCUGGCGCGCAAGCACGGCGCAGAGGCCGCGCGCCUCGCCGCCGACCUCGCCGACUCGCCCUACCAGAAGGGGCUCGUCUUCACCACCGACCUCGUGCUCAACAGGAUCAAAUAGCCCCCCCGGCUCAAAUUACGCGAUAGGACGACUUAUGAAAGGCAUCCACGGUUCUACGGCGACGCGCCGCCGCCCCGCCGCGGCCGCUCGCCCGAUAUUAAAUGCCGAUCCCCAGAGGAUCGAACUCGAAUUUUUACAACGGAUUUUUGAAAUAAGUCUUUAGUCUUUUAUUUCUUCCGAGAGUACUUUGAAGAUACUUUUUACUCUUGUUAAGAUUGGCCUUUAAAAGGUUUAAAGGCUGCACGAAAGACCAGAGAAUUUUGGAUACCUUUUUGUAUGCCGACAGAGGCAUGAAACGUUUUAGUUAACUCUGAGUGAAGCGAACGUGAAGCUCGCGCCGCGAGGCGUCGCAGACUUGUUGGUGUGUGAAUAUAUAUUAUUGUGUGCGCGUGGGUUAUGUGAGUGCCGUUAAGUGGCGAGAUAUUAUCGUAGAUAUUUUACGUUAAACCAGGUGCCCUGUUAAAUUAUGCAUAAUAAAGAAUUGUACUCAAUAUAUUUACGUAUAAAAUUAUGUACACUUGUUUGUUACUGUUAUCGGUUCGACCGACGGUAGACAUCGUUGAUGCGACGGAUGAAUAUUAUAUGAUACAUAUAUAUUAUAUUACGUAUGUUUGUUUAUGUACAUAUUUUUUUAUUUGUAUUUGUACACUUAUUCGUAUUUUACAAGCAUAUUUUCUCCCUUUUGUGACCUGAUUUAUUUUAAGAUAAUUUCUAUGAAAAUAUUUUUUUACACCGUGAACUAUCUACGACUGUCAUGAAUAUAUCGUUAUAGAAUGAGCGUGUAAGUGACUACGUGUUACCAAAUACCGCGUUACAUAAGUGUACGAUUAAUGUUCUGUAUAUGACUGUAGUCUGUCGUCACACAUGGUCUAUGCGUGCCGCAUGGCAGCAGGUACACCCGGAGAGCCCUCCUCGUGCAAUCUUCCCUGUAGGUGUAGUACUGUGCGUACUUCGCGCUGUGUAAAUACUGAGAGUCAUUGGAUUAGUUACCCGCGUUUUAUUUUCAAAACCAAUUACCUCAAUUUCUUUAGCGUACACGACGCAUACCAGAUGUGUAUGUGGAUUCUGAUGUAGUAUUAAAUUGUAAGUUUUGUAUGACGCCGCACAACACUUAGACAAAAUCUUGGAGCCGUUAGAAAAUUAUUACAUUUUAUUGAUAUUAGGUAAAAUUAGUUUUAUUGUAAAUAUGUAAUACAAUGCGAGUUGUUCGUUGUAACUGAAGAACAAUUAUUUCGUAUGAUUGAGGUAUAAAAGAUGCUCACUCAAACAUGCACCAUGAGCGCAGUGGUUUAUAAACUCUCUCUUGCAAGUUCUUGUUACUUAACAAAAUAUUAGUCAUUAAUACGGUAACAGUUAAUGUAGGGCUGGCAUAAUGAUUGAUCCACUAAAAUAAUGUCAUAAUGGACAUAAUAAUUAAUGGAAAACGCAAACCGAUGGUAUACCUGAGCACAUUCGCUCAUAGGGAACGCAACUUAUUUUUCCUGUUUCUAGUUAAUUACUGAUGGAGUUUUGUAAAUACGAGUAUUUUUUGGAAACGAAUGAAAAAUAAGCUGCAAAAUGUAACAAAUUCCCACGUUCCGUUGUUGCAUUUGUGCUUUCCAUUAAAGCGUGGUGUUAGAGAAAGGAAUUAUUGUGAAAUCAUAGGUAUCAAAUAUAACUUGUUAACAAUAGUGAUUGAAAUAAAUUGAACGUGUCUUUAGAGUUGUUGUAACCAAAUUCAAGUUUAAACGAAAUUUCGUUGUUAUUUGGUCAUUAUGUCCGCCAACACAGGAACGGCGACGGAGGUGUAUGUUAUGUACAUUAAUGUUAAACAAUGGGAGUCAAUGAAAUUUAUUUAUAUUUUAUGUAGACACGUACGUAGCUCGUACUGUUUGUAAAUAUGAUUACUCUGUAAAAUGCUAAAAUAUAACGGAUAAUUUUUAAUAUAAACAUUAGUUACA